CGUGUGACGCAGCCAUGAUAUUCGGACUGCACUGAAAACAUGGUGUCGUACAGGGAUUGCCAUUCCUAUGCGUUGUUUAACAUCGUUCUUCUUUUCUUAACCUCUCAUUUAACGCGAGGACAGGAAAAUGCUGACUGUCCAGCAGAUGGGCGCACAUGGCUGCCAUUUGGUGUGAACUGUUAUCACUUUGUGCAUGGAGCAGAGGACGUGGCCAAAACCUAUUCUUUUGACGCUGCAAAGCUCGUGUGCGGAGGAUAUGAUCUCUUGACGGUUAAAAGUGCUCAGGAAAAUGACUACAUUGUCAAUUACAGCCCUAAUGUGUGGAAGGGCAAUGUAAAUAUUUGGCUUGGAAUGCACUAUGACAGCGACGAUGAUGUGUUCAGGUGGAAUGACGAUGACAGUGUUUUGCUGUAUAAAAACUGGGAAGCUGGAGGUUCAGAUGACAUGGAUCUUCCUCUCAUGGACACGUGUGUUGCUCUUCACUCCAGCACGGGAAAAUGGGAAAAUAUCAGCUGCUCAGAUGAGCCAGAGAAUGGCGUCGUGUGUCAGACGAAGGCCGCCUGGACAAGCACACCAAAGAGUAGUCCUCUCCUCUCAACUCUGGUCAUCAUCAGUGUGGUGUUGAUUCUCGUGGUCUCUGCCGUGGUUUGGUUUCUACAGCAGAGGCACAACCCGGGCUCAUCCAUCCUCAACCUCACCGAGUAUCACCCCCCCUUCGGAUCUCCGUCCGCUGAUCAGACCUGCUUAGUGGAAGCCGAAGAAAUCGAAGAUAUCCCUUAAGAGCUCAAAUCUCUGUUUAUAGCCAUGCCCAGGUUAGAAGACACAGCAGGACUGUAUGAAAGAUUAUGAUCUUUUUCACCUUCACUGGGAGCUCCACAGCUAUGUCCUACAAAGAAAAACACUGUCUACAGUCGGAUUAGACAAAACCUGUCAAGUCAUCCGAUAACACUAGAGGAAUUAGUCCCUAUUACUGUAAAGAAUAGUUUAUUAAAAAUAAAAAGGCUGCCGUUAUUUUGUCAUUCUGAUGUCAUUUUAAACUUACAUACUGUUGUACUAUUAUUCUCAUGGCAGUUUUCUAAUAACUUGUACAUUUUCCAUACAAUAAUAGUAUAGAAAGGCCACAUCUGUCAAGCUUCUACAAGGAUGAGGAACAUUAUUACAGCCAAUAAUAUUUCUCCUCUGCUGCAGAACUAACUGAGCUUUAAUGCCUCAUGUUUAUGUUGCGAGUGCCAAAUAUGUUACGAAAUUAAAAUGGGAGGUUUGUUCACAGUAGAUUUAUCUUGUACAGUCAAAUCAUUUUCUGUCUGUCUCAAUAGUUUUCUUAGCAGAAAAUAUAACAUGAUAAAUUGUAUCUGUUAGCACUUCAUAAUGAAUGCUGUGCGUUUUGAUUGCCAAGCACGUUUUUGUUGUUGAAAGUUUGGAUCUGCCACCAAUAGUGUUCUGUAUCUAUUAAUGAAAUUCUGUAAACAUUAAAUAAAUCUUUAUUUUUCCAUA